AUGUUGUGUCAAAUUCGCAUCGAGAAAAGAAAGAUUUCUUUUCUACUAGGAAUAUUAGGAAGAACCUUUUUCGUAAAAUCUCGUCUAUUAAUAACUUUCUAUUCCAACAUAGAACGAAAAGGACAAUAUACAGGAUGGGUAGAAGAAGUUGUGAUACUUGGCCCGACCCAUGACCCGAAACUGCGAGAUAUAAAAGAAUACACAUCCUUAGGAUUAAUUAGGGAUCUAAGACAAGAGUAG